CUGGCGCACAUAGGGGCCCCCUGAGUCCAUCAGCAGACAAGGAAAUCAGGAGUAGAAAAAGUAGAUAGGAUGUGUUUUAAGUGCCUCUCAAGCCAUUCUUGUUUGCUCACUCCCUCACCCUUAUGUAAUUGGUCCAGUAUAUAUUCCCCCGCACAGGAUGCUUCCGUUUCAGAUUCUACCGAUCUGCAGAUUACGGGACUCACCAACAUGGCCUCUUUGUCCAGCCUCAGUGUCCUUCUGGCCACACUCCUAACUCAAGGUUCCUGUUUGAUCUGUGAGACCUGUCAAGGUCCAGGUAAAGACUGCACUGGCUUGAGCCACACUUGCGGAGCGUCUGAAGACACCUGUCUUACCUUCAUCGGAGUAAAUUCCUUGUGGUCUGACAAAAUCACCGAGACCAUCAAAGUCUGCUCUGAUUGUAGCAGCUGCCAGCCUGGCUCUAUCAGUGUCACCAUCAACUCUGAGAUCCAUUUCUGGAGCACCACCAGCUGUUGCCAAGAAGACUCGUGCAACCACAAAGAGUUAGAUUUACCUGCUGAGAAUACCACCCUCAAUGGCCUGACCUGCCCAGCUUGCUUUAACCUUGGCUUUGAUCAUUGCGAAGAGAUCGACUCUCUGAACUGCGUAGGACAAGACAAUCAUUGUAUAACCGCCUCUGGAACCUUGACUGCUAACGGUAUCCCUGUGACAUUUGCUUCCAGAGGCUGCGGCUCUGCCUCAGCAUGCGCUCUGCCCCUGGAGACCAACAUUUACUCUGCAGGAAUCACUUUUCACCUCAAGAAAAUUGGGUGCAGCCCAGCCCUGAAAGCCAGCAGCACCUAAGGGGAUGCUGAGGGCCUUGGUGAUGAAAGGCCUCUGAAGAAUCCCCUCAGAAGAUUUUUCCCUCACGGUCUUGCACCUUGCGAAUGUGCUCCUGAUAUUAUCUCCCUUACUGAAUGUAAUGAAUAAACGGCAUGAAAAAGAA